UGGCGGCGCCCAUGUAGCGGUGUGAAUCUGUCAAAGUAUAUCGCAAAAAUGAAGUUUUAAAUGGAGAUACAAAAUCAAUAACGCUGAAGAAAAGCUAAAUAUACCCCCAGCGCUCCAGAUGGCUGGUCGAUGGUUUUCGCGUCCUGGAGUAAUGGCCGUGUGGAGGCCUGCUGUGUGUUUGUGGAAGCCGGGUCUGUUUAAUCCUGUGGUCCGAGUCAGCGUCUGCAGUCUGUUUAGUGAAUCAGGUGUGUGGGAAAAAGAGUACAAGGCCGAGACUCGCCGUCGAGUGGAGCAGUGGUGGCACAGACGCAUACAGGAGCAGUGGCGGGCAGACGCGGAGGAUCAGAGCUCCCGGAAGAAAUUCUACGUCCUCUCCAUGUUCCCAUACCCAUCGGGCCGACUGCAUAUGGGCCACGUGAGGGUUUACGCCAUUAGCGACACCAUCAGCCACUUCCAGAGGAUGAGAGGCCAUCAGGUGUUGAACCCUAUGGGCUGGGACGCAUUCGGUCUGCCGGCUGAAAACGCUGCCAUUGAGCGAAAUCUGGACCCGGAGGACUGGACCCGAAGUAACAUCGAGUCCAUGCGGACGCAGCUGGACAGUCUGGGCCUCUGCUUUAAUUGGGAUCGGGAGAUCACCACCUGUCUGCCGGAUUAUUAUAAGUGGACUCAAUAUCUGUUCAUCAAGAUGUUUGAGGCUGGACUGGCCUAUCAGAAAGAGGCGCUGGUGAACUGGGAUCCAGUGGAUCAGACGGUGCUUGCGGAUGAGCAGGUGGAUGAAAGCGGCUGCUCGUGGAGAUCUGGAGCUCCUGUGGAACAGAAGAUGCUCAAGCAGUGGUUCAUCAAAACCACCAACUAUGCCAAGACUCAUGGUUUUGGAUUUGAGCUGGUCAAAAAGCUCAAACGGACUAAAAUUAAACCUGAAUGUGAGUGUAAAGGACCAGCGGAGAGAGAAACAGACACCAUGGACACCUUUGUGGAUUCCUCCUGGUACUAUUUCAGAUACACUGACCCUCAGAACCCGCUGAGGCCUUUCGAGCGGUCUCGAGCGGAUCACUGGAUGCCGGUGGAUGUGUAUAUCGGGGGGAAGGAGCACGCAGUGAUGCAUCUCUAUUACGCUCGAUUCCUCAGCCACUUCUGUAGAGACCAGAGCAUGACUGCACACAGGGAGCCCUUCAGGAAGCUGCUGGUUCAGGGGCUCAUAAAGGGACAGACCUUCACACUGGAACACACUGGACAGUACCUGAAGAAAGAGGACGUUGACUUCACAGGUCCAGAUCCGGUGGAGAAGAGCAGCGGGAGGCGCCUGACGGUCACGUGGGAGAAGAUGAGCAAGUCUAAACACAACGGUGUGGACCCGCAGGAGGUGCUGCAGCAGUACGGCAUCAGCACCCUGCGCCUCUACCUGCUGUACGCCGCCCCGCCUGAGCAGGACAUCCUGUGGGACGUCAAGACUGAUGCCAUUCCUGGGGUGCUACGCUGGCAGUCGCGUCUUUGGGGUCUGGUCAGCAAGCUGAGAAGUGUCCGUGAGGUCCAGAAAUUGCCAAACCCGUCCAUCCUAAACAAGAGAGAGCGCUCAGAGACCAAGAAGAUCUGGGACAACAAGAACUACACCAUCACACAGGUCACAGGUCACUUCACAGAGGACUAUCUGUUUAACGCAGCCAUCUCUCGACUCAUGGGCCUGACCAACACUCUCUCGCAAGCCUCGCCGCGGGUCAUCCUGCACAGUGUGGAGUUCGAGGAGGCAUUGGCUUCGCUCUGCAUCAUGGCUGCUCCCAUGUGUCCACAUUUAGCUUCUGAACUCUGGGCAGGUUUGUCUCAGGUGAGGAGUCCCCUAGGUAGUGUGCUGUCUGGGAAGGGAAGUGUUCUUCAGCAGCCAUGGCCCAGUGUUGACCCAGAGUACCUCCAGACAUCCGACACACUCCAGCUGUUUGUACGGAUCAAUAAUAAGGCCUGUGGGGAAGUAUCAGUACCUCGUGAAGUGGCUCGGGACGUCCAGAAGCUGCAGGAGCUGGUAUUGAACAGUCCUCUGGGUGCUCGUCUUCUCUCAGACCGCACCAUUAAAAAGGCCAUCCUCUCACCCAGAACUGCCCUCGUUAAUUUUCUGGUGGACGAAUGAGAGACGCCUUAUUUUAAAAUGUGCCUUACUGGAGAAUCAGAAUGAACUCCACGAAAAAGGAGGACACGGUAUACAGAGAUGGCGUUCACUUUUAUCAGAUGUUCUGCAGAAUUAAAGUCAAAACAACAACUGCUAAAUAAAGGGUGUUUUAGGUGAUCUCGGGUUCUUCGGCUUGGACUCGAGGCCGGGGCUGGCAGCGAGAGUGUUUUGCAGCUAUUUCUGAAGAGCCAGUUUUAGCCUGACAUUACAGCACCUCCUGGCUGAAAUGGAGAUGUGGAGGUCACGCUGUGCUUUCAGACAACAGUGAGAUUCCUGCUGGCGCUGAUCAUCACCUCAUCAAACCCUGCUUCAAUGACUGGAUCGGUGAUGAUCAGAGGUGUCUUCAGGUGUGUCAGAUCGAUCUGGAAGGCAUGUUUUAUUUCAGUAGGGAGGGAGUAAAUGCGGGGGGGAAGCAUAAUGUAUGGAAACAAUGCAAAUGCUAGAAUUUAUUCAAAUAAUAAAGCAGGCUUUCCAAUAAGAAGUGGCUAGUGCUGCAGAAAUGUUCAGAUUGGUCAUGCAGAUUUGCUAGUAGACCCUUUUUUUUUGCUAAUCUGAUCCCAUACUCAUAUUUUUUGUAUAUAAUUCCAAUCAUCUACAGUUGUUUGUGCAAUGAUCUGCACAAACAGCAAAGCCUAUACUCUGUCAUGCAACUAAAACAGUGAACUUCAUUGAUGCAACCCAUUUAGGUGCCAUGGCAUACAUUAUUACAUGUUAAAGAGCCCCUAUUAUGGGUUUUUAAAUAUGAGCCUCCAUGCAGUGUGUAACUCAACUCGGGUCACGAAACACCAAAACACGUGUUUUGAGAUGUUGACAGUCAUAUAUGUCUCCCA